GGCUCCGCGCAGGCAGCCAGGCGGCGCUCCUGCCGGCCCCAGGCGCGCCGCUAGCCCGGCCCAGCGCCCAGCCCGGCGGGCGGCGGGCGGCGGCGGGCGAGCCGGCGCAGGAGCAGGAGGAGGGGGAGCCGCGCCGCCAGGGAGGGAAGCCGGGGCGAGGCGAGGAGGUGGCGGGAGGAGGAGACAGCGGGGAAAGGUGUCAGAUAAAGGAGGGCUCUCCUCCGGUUUGGAGGCAUCAUGGCCGCUAAGUCAGACGGGAGGCUGAAAAUGAAGAAGAGCAGCGACGUGGCGUUCACCCCGCUGCAGAACUCGGACCACUCGGGCUCGGUGCAGGGAUUGGCUCCGGGCUUGCCGUCGGGGUCGGGAGCCGAGGACGAGGAGGCGGCCGGGGGCGGCUGCUGCCCGGACGGCGGCGGCUGCUCGCGCUGCUGCUGCUGCUGUGCCGGGAGCGGCGGCUCGGGCGGCGGCUCCGGGGGCUUGGGCGGCCCGGGCGGCGGCGUUGGCGGCCCGGGCGGCAGCGGGGCGGGCUCGGCGGCGCUGUGCCUGCGCCUGGGCAGGGAGCAGCGGCGCUACUCGCUGUGGGACUGCCUCUGGAUCCUGGCCGCCGUGGCCGUGUACUUCGCGGACGUGGGCACGGACAUCUGGCUCGCCGUGGACUACUACUUGCGCGGCCAGCGCUGGUGGUUCGGGCUCACGCUCUUCUUCGUGGUGCUCGGCUCGCUCUCGGUGCAAGUGUUCAGCUUCCGCUGGUUCGUGCACGAUUUCAGCACCGAGGACAGCGCCACGACCGCAGCCGCCUCCAGCUGCCCGCAGCCUGGAGCCGAUUGCAAGACUGUGGCCAGCAGUGGGUCUGCAGCCGCGGAAGGCGAGGCUCGUCCUUCCACGCCGCAAAGGCAAGCGUCCAACGCCAGCAAGAGCAACAUCGCCGCCGCCAACAGCGGCAGCAACAGUAGCGGGGCCACCCGGGCCAGCGGCAAACACAGGUCUGCGUCCUGCUCCUUCUGCAUCUGGCUCCUGCAGUCACUGAUCCACAUCUUGCAGCUCGGGCAGAUCUGGAGAUAUUUCCACACCAUAUACUUAGGUAUUCGGAGCCGGCAGAGUGGGGAGAAUGACAGAUGGAGGUUUUACUGGAAAAUGGUGUAUGAGUAUGCAGAUGUGAGUAUGCUGCAUUUGCUAGCCACCUUUCUGGAAAGUGCUCCACAGCUGGUCCUGCAGCUCUGCAUUAUCGUACAGACUCAUAGCUUACAGGCCCUCCAAGGUUUCACUGCGGCGGCCUCCCUCGUGUCUUUGGCUUGGGCCCUGGCCUCUUACCAGAAGGCCCUCCGGGACUCUCGAGACGACAAGAAGCCCAUCAGCUACAUGGCCGUCGUCAUCCAGUUCUGCUGGCACUUCUUCACCAUUGCCGCCAGAGUCAUCACUUUCGCCCUCUUCGCCUCGGUUUUCCAGCUCUACUUCGGGAUCUUCAUCGUCCUCCACUGGUGCAUCAUGACCUUCUGGAUCGUACACUGUGAGACAGAAUUCUGUAUCACCAAAUGGGAAGAGAUUGUGUUCGACAUGGUGGUGGGGAUCAUCUACAUUUUCAGCUGGUUCAACGUCAAGGAAGGCAGGACUCGCUGUAGGCUCUUCAUUUACUACUUUGUGAUUCUUUUGGAAAAUACAGCCUUGAGUGCCCUCUGGUACCUCUACAAGGCUCCCCAGAUCGCAGACGCGUUUGCCAUCCCGGCGCUGUGUGUGGUGUUCAGCAGCUUUUUAACUGGUGUCGUUUUUAUGCUGAUGUAUUAUGCCUUCUUCCACCCCAACGGACCCAGGUUCGGGCAGUCACCAAGCUGUGCUUGUGAGGACCCAGUCGCCGCCUUCACUCUGCCUCCAGAGGUGGCCACGAGCACGCUCCGGUCCAUCUCCAACAACCGCAGUGUCGCCAGCGACCGCGAGCAGAAAUUUGCAGAGCGGGACGGGUGCGUCCCUGUCUUUCAGGUGAGGCCCACGGCCCCGUCCACCCCAUCGUCUCGCCCACCACGGAUUGAAGAAUCUGUCAUUAAAAUUGACCUGUUCAGGAAUAGGUACCCAGCGUGGGAGAGACACGUUUUGGACCGAAGCCUCCGGAAGGCCAUCUUAGCCUUUGAAUGUUCCCCGUCUCCUCCAAGGCUGCAGUACAAAGAUGACGCCCUUAUUCAGGAGCGGCUGGAGUAUGAAACCACUUUAUAAAAUAGAAGGCUUUGGAGGGGCCACAACCUCCAGGUGAAGGGGUGACAGCGGGGCCGUGGCAAUAAUGAAACUCCGUCCUAGACCAGGGCAGAGAGCUGUAAUGCGCUUAGUGUGACCGCCCAUCAGCUGGCUGCCCUGCUGUGGUCUCCUUUCCAAACAGCAGCUGAAGGGAACAUGGCGGCUUAGGAGGACUUCUCGUUGCUACCAGCCCUCCUGUCCACUCUCAGCGUGUCCACCAGAGGGUACAAUUAUCACGGAAAAUGUUGCCUCCAAUCAAUAGGGUGUUUUGAUGGAGUCAACUGAUCUUUGCAGAAAAAUCUAUUCAGUCACACACACACACACACACACACACGCACACACCUGCUAAUACACACACGGCACCAGUCCUCUGUCAAAACAGCUUAGGUGAUGUUUCUUGAUGCAAAGCUCUGAUUCUGAAUAUGAAAACAAAGAGACAGAGAGAGAGAGAGAACAUACCCCUCAAGACUCCAGGAAAAAAACACAAAUAGUACCACUUAGAAAAGAAUUCAUAGACCAUUCUCAUUCGGAAACUGAUACCACGUGUGAAAAUCCUACCCAGUGGACAGCAAACUCAACUGUUGUUUACAUGUGUAUUAGAAUCAAUGGAAUGGUUCGUUUUCCACACACUUCAGGAUCUGUCUUUUCGUUUAAAGUUUCCGUUGAGAACAUCCUUUCUGUCAGAAAUCCUAUGCAGCGCAUCUGUGGCUUUUGACAAGGCCAAGGAGCUCGGAAGUUCGGGAGGUACACGAAAUGGUGAUCGCGAGUCAGUAUUCAGUUGCAGACGUGUAAUAAAUCCCUGAAGAGGAAGCACGGGAAAAACAAGGCAAAAGCGAGCGUCAGAUUUCCCGGCCUGUGCGGCUCACACUGGCAUGUAAGUGCAGGGGCAGAAGAGGGACAGGCUGACCCGGAUGUUACAAGACGCGGAAAAGCGUGGCUCCGUGUGAGCACGUGCCGGGCCACACCCACCUAGUGCCAAACACCGUCCAACCACAGGACUGACGUGCAAGUCCCAAACACCUGAGAACGAGUGGCCUGAGUCCCCCCCCCCCACCAAACGCGGACGUGAGAGUGCACCAUCAAGUUCCCCACUGUGUACAGACUUUCCCCACCCCCACCCCCCCAAUCCAAGGUCAAAGUGAUGUGUCUUUUAGAGGCUUUGGGACCCUUUUUAGUAAGUAUGAGCAGACAAUGAAUGCAGUGACCGUGCUACGAGAAAACCCUUCCCAACUGAUUGAGGGCUUAUCACUCGAUCCAGCUAAGAUUUGUAUUUGAAUCGUUUGUAAAGUCGCACUCUUACAACAAACUUCUGGGUUUUAAAUACCUCCGUACAGCAAGUAAACGUUCCCUGCUUUCUGUUCCCAGUGUCCUCGGUCAUGGUGCUUUUUGUUGCAUUAAAAGUGCCGGUCAAACUUUGAUAGUAUUUUUUUAUAGUUGGUGCAGAGUGGAAUAACUCAUGGAUUAUUUCAAUAUUUUUGUAAUAAAAAAAAUAUAGGGUAUACAUGUAGGCAUCAUCACUUUUUUUAUAGACCUGGAAUCGUUUAAAAUACUUUAAGCGUCAUCAUUCCUUGGGAUGUCCAAAACUGGUCCACAAAUUCCAUCAGCCUGCCUCAGCGGAUUGAGAACACCUGUCUCUUGGAAGAUCACCCUACUUUGCAAUGUUGGUGCCCCCAGGAACCUGGCCAGGGGUGCUAUCAGAAUAUCAGGUGACGAGAGAAUCAGCUUACCUAGAAAGGGCUUGUCAAGACUGGCCAAUGUUUCCCAGGAUGUGAAAGCUGUAAAUGAUUACUUUCAUCCAUCCAUUAUCACGAACCUGACCACAGUGGAAGAUGUCUUAAACUUCCUUCCCUGGUUUUAUAUUAACCCAAGUGAUAUAUUAAAUAUUAGUCCAAGUCACUAAAAAGAGAGAGAGAGACAGAGAGAGAGAGACAGAGAGAGAGGGGAAAAGUCCGUUUAACUUCAUUGCUCGGUUAUCUGGACUGUCCAAUCCACUUAAAAUAGUCAAGUUCUAGAGCCACCACCUGUAAUGGGUGGGUCCUACAGAGACUGCUGUCCCCGUGACAUCCACAGGAAAUGGCAGAACGCUCAACCUAGGACUUCUUUUGGUACAAAGCCCCAGAGCAAUGUUUUCAAAAUAGAUGACUUUUUAUCGCUUGAUGUGCUUCCCUAGUACUCCAUGAUUUCAUCCUCCAAGCAAGAUUGCCACUAAAAAACAAUGAUCUUUUGUCCGGAUGUGAAAAGUUUACCCGGUCGCCAGCAAAGGCCCAGGAAGACGCUCUUCUUGUCAGUGACUGGUGAAAACAUUGCGCCCCCCAUCGUGGAAGGAAAACGUGAUUACAUUGGCAAAAACUCUUCAUCUUUGUGCAGGACCAUGAGUUAUUAGCUUCGUUAUUUCCAAGAAGACUUGUAAGUGAUGAUCUUUGGAAACUGAAUGGCUCAGCUGAACUGUACCUUUGAUUUCACGAGUAAAUAACAGAUCACAAUUAUAGCGUCAAUCGACACAAACUCAGCAGGCCCCACCACUCCUCAGUCAUGUAAGUCCUGAGUUAUUUCUCAGUUUGAUCCCUCCUUUACCACGUUAAGAGUCAAAAUGAGUGCUAUGUGAAUCAACAGUGAUGUACUGUGCUUCGUCCUGGAGGUCAGAAUGCAGUUUUAGGAGGGCAUAAGGAAUCUGCAUCUUUCUGUGAUUUCCCAAAUACUGGAAAUACUCUGCUGUCCAACAUACUUGAAGAGUGUGAUGUUUUAGUUAGUCAAAAAUUCUUGCUAAGUAAAUGACAUCUCCACCACAAAUUCCAAACUUUCUUCAGAUUACAAGAACCAAAACCCUCAACCUCCCAGGAAAAUCAUGACUUAAUCUUGUUUCCAUGACUCAGACUGUGCAGUGACAGGAACUGUUAUUAGACGCUAGAUACACAGAUGACAGAGAGUUUAAAGUAUUAGGAUUUAAAGAGACAUUGUCAAUGUACAAAGGAACAAAGUUGGAUUUUUGUGCUUGUGUUUUAGUUCUUCCUAAGAUUUCAUUUUCAAUCUGCCGUGAAACCCUCCAAGGACAGUAACUGGAAAAUCCAAAAAAGAACAAUACUCUGGUUAGCGUACAGAUUGGAAGCGCUGGGUUCUUUCUCUGUGGGAUCAGACUUCCUGUGCCUGAGUCUACUCGGAUUCUUGGCCGGGUAAGGGGUCCUGCGCUUAGCAUUCCCUUUUUGCACUGGACCAUAAAAUUUUCUAAAAGAAAAUGUUAUACCUUUCUUUCACUUUCAAGUUAGCAUUUCGACAUGAAACCUCAUGUAAGAUUAAAGAACAUACGUAGCUUCACAUACUGAGACUUUUAAGUAUUCGCGUGGAAGAAAACAAAUUUUUUCCAUGUAAGUCACAGUUUGGUCCCCCAUAAUGACUCUCGUCUCUUCAAUUCCCUUAGCCGUUGACGCUGUCCUACUUAACUAUGUACCGGCUAGUUCAGUGACACUGACUUUGCAGACACUCAGUUACUACUCACAACGAAUGAAAGAAAUUCUCUUACUGACUUGGCAAGCACAUGCAAUUCGAGUAUUAGCACAAUAUAAAAUACAAAGAUAACCUAAAGUAUAAUGAAGUAUAUAUGCUUAAUUCCUAAAUGCCCGAUUUAUUUUUGCUCUAUGAAUAAGUGACGUGAUAGCACUGACCAAAUAUUUUCCUUCUCCUUUUUGGCCCAAGCUGACAGUCCCUGUCUAAUAAGACGUCAACAUCCUUGUGAUGUUGUGGGAAAUACCCAGGUGCAAUUUAACGCUUUCAGCUUGAAUAAGCUGUCUCACUCCGGAAAGAUUUCAUCUUUUAAGCAGCUGAAUAGAAUAGUUUUGAAUCAUCUCAAAGUUCCUUUCUCCAAACCGAUUGAAUUGAGCGAAGAAAAACUCUUGUGUCCUCACCAGGAAUUGUGCAAGAUUGCACGCUUGCCUUUAAACGCGCCAAAUGCCAUUGAGUGGAGCGAGUUCUCCCCCAAUGUGUAGACGAGGAUCCAUUUUUUUUCCUAAUGAACCAUUUUCUAGACUACAUAUGUGCUUCUCUGCAGUCCCCUACAUCUUUGCCAUUAGCCAUUACUGUUUCUAUAUAAAGCUUGGAUGAUAUGCCUGCAUUUUUAUGUUUCUAAGGAGAGUUCCUUAAAGCCUGUUUACAAACAGCUCAGACUGUCUUUCAGAAGUAUAGCUUGAAGGAUGCUUGAAAUGCACAGCAGAACUGAGGUCGUUGUUUCUAUACAUCCAGCGAUGGAAGCACAUCAGCUCACGUCCCUUUAGCUUCAGCAAUCCGGUGUCACUCCUGAAAACAAGCAAAACGGUUGCUUCUGCCAGCUUGUGACUCAAAACGCCCCUCUUCCCCAGCUUCAGAUGGGGCAUUCCAACAUGGCUAAGGAUGGGCCAUUCCCUUCUAGCGCCCACCCCCCCACCAGCACCUUACCUCCAUUUCCGAGUCUCCGGCCCUGACCUGUAUCAGGCUAUGAAGUGAGCUCAGCCGUUGGGUUGCGUCUCCUCUGCUCACUCAGAGGGGCUGCACUGUCCACGGUAGAGCUUUCUCUGGGCACGCAUGUCCUGUCCAGUCGCCCUCCUAGAAAUGGGCACACAGGAAGACUAGCGUGCGCCUGUGAUCAACAGUCUCAACAGGAUUACUCAUUCGACAGCGAAACUCCGCAGAAUGUGGGCGGAAUUGUAUAAAAACACAAUGAGCCAUUUAAUUUUGUUAAUUGUAGCAAUUAGGCUAGCUCGAACACAGGCUGCGCUCACAGCGGAAAGCCAAAAUGGAAGAAAUGGCAAACAGCCAUUUGCCCACAGAAAUGAGGGGUUCAGAAGCUCUCCCUUGAGUGUUUAAGGCAUCACGUUGUUUGAUCAUCCAUCUGUAGCUCUUUCUCUAGACUCCAUAAGAAAAGAAAUCAGACUUCUGUUAUAUCGCAUGCCAUGGUCGAAUCCAGAAAUGGAAAACUGUAGUCAACCUGUUGUGGCCUAUGUUCUGCUCCGUGAGGGAUGGUUGGAUGUCCCUGAAAUGUCCAAUUGUUUUUGCUAAAAUAUUUUACUCACACAAAUAGUAUCCUGACCAUAAUACGUCAGAAACACUUGGCAAACUCCAAUUUUUGCUUCGGUGAUUUUUGUUACCCUUAGAUUUUCUUGCAGCUCAGUUCCCCAUAUUGACGGUAACUUACCACGACGGGGACCUUACCGUGUACCCAGUGCUGUGCUAAAGAGCUUUACCUGUGCGAUUUCACUUAAUCCACCCAACUAUCUAUGAAUUAAGUACCAUUUACAGAUGACAAAGCUUAAGCUCGGAGAUACUAAAAUUGCCAAAGGUCCCACAGCUAGGAAGCCGUGGAGCUGAGAAUUGAACGCGACUCGUAACACUUUUUAACUACUGCAGAUUUUUGAGAGGACCAAGGAACAUCUUCCCACCCAAAUCUACUUCUGAUUUGGUAAGCCUUCAGGUGAAACAAAACCAUGGUCUGAUGAUGAAAUUUCCCAGAGCAAGUUUCAUUUGGAAGUCAAAGAGGUCUUCCAAAAUGAAAAGUUAAAAAUAAAAAUGGUAGAUAGAUAAGUGCUAUUCUUCCAUUCUAGACAACUGUCCUCUUCCAUGGCCCUACUGUACACUUAAGGAGGAGAUAAAUAGACGCUAACCUGAUAGUUCUUCUCUUGUAUUCUAUACCUGUCAUUCUAUGCUGUCAUCUGAGAAAGAACUAAACCCCAGUAUUUACUCUGACACUCAGAGAGAGAAAGAAAGAGAGCAAGAAGGAAGGGAGGGAAAGAGGAAGAGAGGGAGGAAGGAAAGACAGAUCAACAAACCUUUGAAGUGACAUGAUUCUAUCCCAUUGCCAUAAUUUUCCUCUACAUUGUAUGCCUUGCAGUUCCCAAAAUUUGACACUAUUAUGCCAUUGGCUUGACCCAUCAUAUAAAUUGAGGAAUCCUUCCUUGGAUUGAAAGGUUAGAUGUAAAGAAUAAAGCAAAUGUUCACCCACUGUUUGUUGAGCUUAUUGUAAAAUACUUGAUGUGCCCUUUCCUUCCUCACUUUUGAUGUAACCUGUCUGAGUUCUACAGGAGGACAGUCAAAAGCCAUUCAAUGACAUUGUAUUUUAAGUCGUAAGCGAUGUUGUUGGAAUCGAUGCUAAAAAAGUAGCCAGUAAUAAACCCCAAAUUUUCUCAAUCUUGGUGUUUAUUUUAGAAAAUGACACAGUGAUCAAUCUGACUUUAAUGUAUGAAAAAUACAAUCUUCUCUCUUCCUACUUUGGUAAGAUUUAAGCAGAUCUUUCUGACGAUAUGUUAAAUUAGAAGUCACUAAUUUUUGUAGAAAAUAGUGUCUAAAAGAGAUCUAAGAGUUGUGUCAAUACAUUUCUUUUAUAGAUGAGACAAUCAAGGUCCAAAGAGAUCAGGUGAUUUUUGUAAUCAGAAUUCCUUCAGUUAUCUGUCCCAUAAGCAUGCUCCACAGGACGAGCAUCGCUAGGCUAGGUACAGAAGGAGUCUCACAUUCCAGCAGCUUACGCUCUGGUUGUUAGUAGCAGAAUAGGAGUCUUCUGACUUUAACUCUUUUUUUGCUCUACUGCACAGAUUCUUUGGGUAAUAUCUACAUUUCAUUCUACACCAGAGCAAUAAAGACACAUAGAUUCCUCCAUAUUAUAUGAUGUUAAGCCUCACAACAAACAACUGCCACAUACAGUGACAAACAGAAGGUAACGAUAGCAACAUAAAGAUAAAUCAACAAUGGCUGACUAUCUAUAAAGAGAAAAGUAAUUUUAUAAUUGGUUUUUGUGCCUCUCCAACACUGGAUGUCUUUAAAUCAAGGUCACAGCUCAGCAAAGAGAAGUUGAAACACUUUUUUGGCACAUGGCACUUGACUCAAAACAAUCAUAUCCGAAUUCCUUUAAAGGAGAGGCAUGACGGGGGCACCGACCUGGCUCAGUCUAUGGAGCAUCUGACUCUUGAUCUCGGGGUCAUGAGUUCGAGCCUCAUGUUGGGUGUAGAGAACACUCAAAUCAAUAAAAUUUAAAGAAAAGAUGCACGACAUUCAGAUGCCUCUCACAUGUCUGAAGACUUUUCUGAUAACCUUCAGGAAACAUCCUUCAUUAGUGCAUACGACAUGUUUCCAGCAAAGUAGUUUUUUAAGAAUAACAAAUUUCCAGGCCUAAAACUCGGCUAUUGCAACCUGAGAGGUUGGUCGAAAGCCAUACUUCCUGUGCCCAGAAGAGCAACAUUACAUUCACGGGUCAGGAUGGCCAGACUCACCUCAUUUGGAUACUCAGUGCUGGCAUAGCACCCAAACUAAGUCUCUCCCCGCCAUAUGGCCAAGUGGUUGGCUUUCCACAGAUGUAAGGAGUGUAUCGUUUAAAGAAAACUAUUAACUUGCAUAACUAAUUUUCUGUAAGUGAAAUAAUUCCAGUCAGGGAAUGCCUAAACCCAUUUGUUCUUUAAGGAAAGGGAAAACACAUAUUAAUUUGUAUGAGCACAGAAUAAUUCGAAGAAUUCUUUGGUGAGUCCCAUCAAGCAUCAAUAAAACAGUUGACCUCAUAACGGUGGGAGGUCUAAGGUAGGAUUUCUAGGUUCAUGACACCAAGAGUAGUCCAUUACCGCGAUUGCUACUUCAGCCGUUGCACCAGCCAAGAAGAGUAUAGUUACUGAUGCGAUGUUUGCAGAGCAAAGAUCCUGAUAAUAAAACAGAUCAACAUCAAAACUAAUUAAUCAACUUGAUGUGCAAAUAUUACCAGUCCAGUACCAACACAAAAUGUUCUCUUGUGUUGUUAUUAAAGCCUGUCACCUAACGCUGUUAUUAGAAUUUCAGAAAAUGUAAGGUUUCGUGUUUUUAUUAUACUCCCAUCUAUCAAAUUAAGCUGGUGACCCUCUCCUCUCUCUAUGGCUUGAUUUGCAUUAAAAUGGAACUAAUCAAAUUCUUAUUUCAGUUAAGUGCUACAAAUAUUAACAAAUGGAGAUGCUGGGCGUUUGAGCUAAUUUAAUUUAACUGUUCUAGUGGCAUUCUGGUAUGGAGUUGUAUCAGAUCAACACUCUUCAUUAUUUCAAAUUAAUUCAUUUAUCAGUGAGUUCUACAACACCCUUAAGUGAGUUGGAAAUGUAGCUCAGGUUUCUCUCAUUGUGAGAAAUUCCUAUUUUGGUUCCAAACCAGUUGGACACGUCUCACUCAACAUCAGCAUUUCAAUCCAUCGGGAUUCUGGAAAAGGAGCACUGGAGUUUGGGCGUGUGGGGUACUGCUGUUAACUUAGCACUUAACCUUUGACCCGGGCUUUCUAUCCCCCUCCCCCCCUACACCACUGUAGGUUCUUACUCUAUUCAAAUUAGGAGCAGUAGCACUUGUCAGGUAACCAAAGGAGAUCGGUCAGCUGGUCAAAGAAUUGUCAUUUCAUAUCCUUCUUUCAAAGAAGUAAAACAUUCAACUUUCCUUAUUAAGCUCUCUAAUGUAUUGUACAUAGAAAAGGAAGUGGAUCGCUGGAAUACGUUUUGAAGUCUGGGGUGAAACAUUUCCCUUGGUGCGAAUCAGAGGCUCUCGGUGGCCCGUGAAGACGACUAAAUCUCUCGCGCUACGAGAAAAGGGAAGGGGGACGAGCCAGUCACUCAGAAAUGUGAGCCUCGACUGUCACAAAGGUGUAUAUUGCUGAUGGUAUCGAUUCCCUUGUUUUUUUUACAGAAACAUCUUGGAACUUGUCAAGCUUUACCGAAGGUGAUUUGCGUUAAGUAAUGCAACAGACCCUUUGAUCUUGCAAACUCUUGACUUGUAAUGUUGUAGCCAAGCAAGGGGAAAUUAAUCAGUUAGUCGGAGAGAGCACUUCCUGCCCUGCUGUGCCCAGGCCUGAAGAGAAAGACCUCUGUGAAAGUAGGAGCACUAAGGAAUUCGUGCUACCUGCUUCCUCAUCAUUCAGGCUAUGAAUAUUCAUCCGCUUCAUUUGUUUUUUCCGGGAAGCGCUGCUUUGAAAGAAAGAAAUUAAGAAAGAUGGUAAAGGAAAAAAGUCAAUGGAUUCCUGGGGCUUGUGUAGCUCAGAGAAUAGGUACUGGGUCACAGAGACUCGUGUUCAAUGGAUACAAAUCUACAUGUGUUUGGAAAUGAAAAAAAAAAUGUCAUUGUCACCUCUUUAAUGAUUGACCUGAGUACAGUGGCCGCCCUUCAUUUGUUGAGGCUACUGUUGUCAGCAGUGUGAAAACCAAUUUCUAAAAAUUGAACCUGUAAUUCAGUUUCGGAGGUAAAAAUCUACAUGGAUGGAACUAUUCAGUAAUUUGGUUCCUGCCUUCCCUGGGUGGUGUGACCUGGCAAGUUUCAGACCGAGGCGACUGUGUGGAAUUGUCUCUCCUGCUCCUUCUGAGACCCUGCAACGUCUCGGUUACAAGCUAGAAGAUCGUCAAUUUGAGAUUCUUGAUUGCCUAAGUGUUUGCUUCAAAGUAAACAGGGAAUCUCGCCAUUAAAAAAUCACGGUUCUUUCCCACUUGCUUCUCUGUUUUCCAAGAAUGCUUUGAGCUGUAACGGAAGAAUGAAUGUACCUCAGAUGGUAGUUCCAGAGUCUGCGAGAGUCGGGCAUCCGUCUGUUCUUGUAAAGUUUCUGUCUGACCUUUUGGUAGAGCAAUUUUAGGAAUGAACCCCAGAUGAAUGAGUGAAAGCCAUCAGAUUUAUCUGAUAAGCCCCCUAACGGAAACAUUUUUAAAAAAAGAAGCAAGGAUCCUUUUUCUUGUGUUUCAAGGAUGUUUCUCCUUCCUGAGCGAUCAUCUUGGUGACUAUCUCCAAGAUGUACCAAGAGCUACUGAACGAUAGUUUCAGUUAUGGGCUCCAGUAUCGUGCUGAACACAAUGACAAAAGUCAUUUUUCAGAACUAGCUCUUGGCUCAAGCACUGACAUUUAAUGGCAAAAACUGGCCUACCACCGUGUGACUUAUUUUCAAUUGCAAGGCAGUGGAAACUAGUACGUGAAAGAAAAUGUUAAUUUCCUGAACUCCAAAGCCAAAAUGGGCAACAAAGCAACUCUGAAACCUACAAUGAGUUGGUUGACCGUGGGGAACCCGGGAGCAAUAAACAUUCCUCUUAAGCAAGGCUCAUGAGUGAGACUAGCUGUAAGCUGUGUUGGGACAGAAGGUGAUUGAAGAGGAUGCCUACCAGUGGCUCAUGAGGAAUAUUUGCCUUUUUAGAGAGCAGAGGUUCAAGGUAGCCCCCUGCUAUUCCAUAACUAUGACGAUAGAUACACCCAUAUAUGAAGGGCCAAGGCAGAAGACAGAGAAGAUGCCAGGGGUUUCAUGUCUGAGACUAACUCUGUCUCUAAGGGAACAGCUCUCCUUGGUCAUUGGCCCCUAUGCUGCUAACUAGCUCUGCAUGCCAAGAGCUUCUGAUGGAUUACAAGAUGAGAUAUUCAAAGGUAUUGUAAGUACUCUUGCUCGUAGAACACGAACCAUUGAAUUAUCCCUCAUUUCAACAGCGACGAGAUUCAGGGUUACUAUGGCCUUACUCAUCAUCCCAUUGUAAAUACGUCAUGACGUCACGAGAGCCUCCGUGUUCAAAUUCACUAAAACAGGUUUCCACGUUCCAAGUCUGUGUCUCUAUCCGCAAAUUGGAAACAUAACUUUGGGAGAAUGAUUUUCAGAAUAACGGAAGUGAAAAGAGAGUGGACAGUGAAGCAAUUUCUCACCAUACACGAAACCACUUAGAGUACUGAUAGCCCUAAAGCUCUGAUUUUUUUUUCUCAUGACUAAGUUUCCUUUAACUUAGGGGCUUUCGACAUCUGAAUUUUCCGGAUGAUUACUGACACAUCUUCACCAAACUGAAGCAGACACAAUGGCAUUGUUAAAAAAUAAAGACUGCCCACAUGAAUGCCAAGAUCCCAAUGAAAAGUGAAGAAGGAAGUCACUCAAGGAGUAAAUUUGGUCUUGGUGAGGUCAAACAUUUGGCUGCUUGGGAAAAUCCAGAUGUUUGAAUGAUACGGUUUUUCAUCUGGUAGUCUGGUGUUGCCUCCAUAGACAGAAAAUGCUCAGGUGUUGUAGGUAAUGAAAUUUAACUUUCUUGUUGCAGUAAUCUGUUGCUGGUGAUAUUCUGCUGCUAACAAUCUCUUUGUUGUGCAAAGAGGAAUAAAUAACGCAGAGCAAAUGCUAUUUGAUUUUUUUAUUUACUUUUGGCACACCCAAGAGUGGAAGAGGUUUGGGAGGCUGUCCUGGGGAGGGGGAGGGGGGGUAUUCCGAUGGGAUUGAGGCACAGACCUCCCUCACCGAGCCGGUUCUGGAGGCCUGCCACUCGGCUCCUUCCUGCCGAGGAAACUUUUUAUCCAGCUCUUUUCCAUCCUUUUAUACUUGCCCCUCUGCUCGUCAUGUAGGUCUUACUCGCUCACAAAGUCUACUUGACAGAAGAGUUUAAGGGAAAUGCAGAGUCGUUAACUUUUUAUUCUUCAAGUAGGAAGUUUCCAUUGCAAGGACUUCUUAGAUCUUUGAAGCAGAAAAAUCAUUUAAACUACUCAAUGCAGUUAUUUCGUGGUGCAUGUUGCGGUGUGGACAGAAGUAAAAGCUAUUUUUCCCAAAUUAUACAAAAUGCAUACUGGGUUUGGUUUAUUGAUGUCGUCCUGAUUGCCAAGGACUGACUGGUUAUACACAGUGGAAGAGUAGUGUUGUCUUUGUAGUCCCAGAAAACGGAAAAAAAAGAGAAAAUGUCAAAGGAAAGUUCACUCUCCAGAAAGAAAGUUUGAGAUAGUCGUAUGACUCUUGUGUUUGUGACUAAUUAGGGACGUUUCCUUCCUUGUUUCCUCUGACUUGGCUCUGGACUAGUGAGUGUGUGUAUUUCAUCAAAUUGGGUGCUUACCUCAUUUUCUAUUCUGAGGCUGGACAGGAAAACAGGCAAGUUAUUCCGACCGAUUUUCUCUUCUGUGAGUUUAAGUUGCGGAACUCGUUCCGAGGCACUGACCGUAAGCAGGCACACAGAGCGCGAUCGAAAGGUCACGAGAGCAUUUCCAGAGAAAAAUCUAAAUGUUUUGUACAUUCUUAGCGUUUUGAUUGCGUCAAAUGCUACCUUUCAGCGCCAACUUAGAAAGACUUCGUGGGGUAGACAUUGCCCAUGUCCUUGUUGGGUCCCUCCUCCCAUCACAUGCAGACGUUUCCGAAAUCAAUUGGAUGCUCCACCUUGUGUAGCAAGGGCCUCCGGCCACUGGGUGUCGCUGCUCUGUGCUGACUGUGUUUUGAAAACGCUCCUUCGGAUGGCUGACCUGGUUUGCUAGCCCCCCACCUGUGAAAGCCCUCGGGACCACGGCGCCGCCACUUCCUGUCGCAGGUGUACAAACCAACCUGGUUUGGCUUUGCUUUUUUUUUUCCCUGAGAUUUUUGACUUCACCAGAUCUUUUCGCAAAUCUUUUUACUUUCCUGUUAUCGACAGGAUAUUUAGUUCAGUGUUUCAGUCAACUGGCAACCAAGAGGCGACAAUCCGUUGGCAACUACAGAAAUUUUAGGUGUUUUGGUUUGUUUUGUUUUCAGUUAUCUUUUAUUAUGUAAUAAUUGAAUGAUACUUGUGGUUUGGUAGAAAACUAAAAGUCCCUGAGUUGAAUAUAACGGCUGUUGUAAUUAUACUUAAAUAUAUUCUACGAAACAGUAUCCUUUCACACUAUGAAGUAUACUCCUUUCUGGAGACAAGAAGAUGGAAGGGCCAUGGUCCAGCGGUGGAAACACAAACACAGGGGCCUAGCAUCUGUGCCCCUUGAGUCCUCAUUCCUGGUCGGUCCCUUCAGCCUCAGAAACUCGCCCUCAGCCUCCUUUUUCCCAUAUGUAAACGAGAGAUAAUCUUUAUCUACCUACCUCAUAGUGAUUUUGUGAAGAUGCGUUAAGUUGGUAAAGUGCGUCGGCACUUGAGUAGCGGUGUUAGCGCAAAGGAGGCCUGUGCGCAGCCCUGAAAUAGGCUACAGGAGGGGGAAGUGGAGGCAGCUUACUAACACGACAGCAAUAAAUCACCAAGCAGAGAGUACGAGUAUUUGUGAUCAUUUAGCAGAAGUGAAACUUUUUCUUCAAAGGUCUAUGUAGAACUUUUUUUUUUAAUUAUCAGCUUUUUAAUGACAAAAAUUAAUUCCUUUCAUACAAACAUUGAGAAGCUUCGUACGGAAGGACGAUUUCCCUCAUAGCCAAGUUGAAUUUUAUGAAAUAGUCAUUAAAUAUAUCCGGAAGACUGGGCUCCUUCUGAUGCCUAAAGAGUUUGCAUGCCUGAUCCCCAAACUACAUUUUCCAGAAUGCCUGCCUGAUACCUGAGUUCAGGACUCACGAUUGCCAAGUGGUGUUCUGGAACCCACUACCAGGAGGGAAAAUUUUUAAUCGAUAUUGAGAUUAGAUUUUGUGUUGUUUCCGGUGAAGUUCUUUUUUGACUCUUAGAUGACACAUCCCUCCCUUUACUACCCAAUAAAAGAAUGUAAAGCCUUAUUUAUGCCUGGAACUUCUGAAUUGGUUUCUUUUCAGAUUAUAAAUACAUUUUAAGAUUUUCAAAGAAGUGUUUACACAAGGGCUUCAGCUAUAUAUUGAUAUACAUGUAUCCUCAUACAUGCAUAGAUCUGAGUACUCAACUAUAGGACACAGGAGAUGGUGGGGAAACAACCAUAGAGAACAUCCUGUACAACUUCCCCCAAAAGUCACAUGCUUUUUCUUACUUAAAUAUUUAGUCCGGAUAGGAACUAGUGCUAAAUCACAUAAUUUGGGGUUAUAAAUAUUUAUCAUUUUUCAGUCGUGGCGGUAAUAUUGUAACGUAGGAAUAUACCCAUUAAACUAUACUAACAAUUCAGAUAAUGUCUUAAUGCUGUGACUUCACAAGGAAGAGUUAUGUACAUAAAUACUGUCAUUGUGCCCUUCGUUAAUAAUUAUAUUCCUUUGCAAAAAAAAAUGCAUGCUCUUAAAAACACGAAAUAAGGUUUCAGAAAGUUUGUCUUGAUAAAUGGGUUUAAAAUCAUGUUGUGCCUAGAACUACAUAAAGGACACAUUCAACAUAAUCUCUUCUGGAUUCUACAAUCUAGUUGCCAGUGGUAUAGCUUAAAAUUUCACAUUGGUUAUACAUUUCUAAUGCAUGGUAUUAAGCUUUCCGGAGCAUGAAUUUAACCUAGGCAAUUGCCUGAUCCAUUAAAAAACAAAUGUUUAUGUUGCCAUGCCAGACUUAAGACAAAUACUUUUUUUUAGACUCAAUAUAUGAGUAUAGUAAGCGAGUCAAAAUGAUUUGGAUUUCUCUGACUUUUUUCCCCCAAGUUCCACGCAUCAAUAUUUUUCAAACCAAAGUGCAUCAGAAUAUCCUUGCUUCUGAAAGGAAAUAUCCAUAUCGUUUGUUUUUGUGCAAGAAAACUGAAGUUAACGGGACUGGAUUCAGGGACAUGCAAAUAAGAUACAGUGUGGCACGUUCAAGGGGGGCUGGCCAACAUGAGGGGGGUGCUGGGAGAGAAGGCAUCACUGGCAGGCUUACCACCAAGGUACAAAACAGAAUCUAAACGUAGUAGCUGGACAACUCUUUGAAGUGAUGGAAAUGGAAUUCCUCACCAAAGAGAUGAACACACAGGUGGAGACAACAUGUCAUUAGACAGAAGCUAUCCAUCUAAUUCCGGGGAAAAUGAAGUUUGAACCUCCCCUACUUCACUCUUAAGGCUUUCCAGCCCACAUGGAAGGCUCUAGAGUCUUCCCCAAAAUAGAAGACUUUUUUAGAGAACUACUUUUUAGCAAAGAUGCAUGUGAUUGUACUGCCGUGGACCAGCCAUUAUGUAAUUAUCACAUAUGUGAUGCUUUACAAAUGUAGUUGUCAACUCUUAGGGUCACUUCCAGUAAAUUCUGUCCCAUAAACAUGUGGCAGAAAAUUCUCUUGCUCCAAAGGAAUGCCUGCCAACUUGCUUACAUCCAGUCUUACCCCUCGCAUCUUACUAUCGCAAAACUUUCAUAUCCAGAUGGUAUGGGACGGUUGAAAAAUGAAGCUUUCGGUAAAUUGCUUAUUGAAGGUCUCACCUGAAGCUUCUCUUCAGUGAAGGGGGCAGGAGGAGCGGGGAACCUGGGUGAGACUCUUGUCUCUACUAAAUUGUCUCUGCUUUUCUUCUCAGUUACCAGACAGCUUGGUAGCCUGGAGAGCAAGAUGAUAGGGAAACGUGCACAUUAGGUUUUUCCCAUUCUCAGAGCAAGGAGGGCAACCAGGAAGCCAGAGGUUCCCACGCCUUUGAAACCAAAUAGUACAUUGAAUUUAGGGCUAAGACAAAAAAGAAAAAAAAAAUGCUGUAGAGUAUGAGCGACGUCAUCCUUCCUCAGUUUCUACUGAAUUCUUUUUACGGUUUAGACCAGAGGUUUCUAAUAAUGAUCACUGAUGCCAUUUUAUGUUAUAGCUUCCACGCAGAAAUGGUGAAAGCAUGAGUUACCCCCAAAAUUACCGGGAAUACUGACUUUGUCUGAAACUGACACCCUCCCUAGCAAACUAGAAACAAAUACAAUUUAGUAUUCUGGUGUCACUACGAACAUCUAGUAAAAAAAUAAAAAGUAAACAAAAGGAGCGUUUUGCUCAGCAUUAAACCAUCGCACAACAUAAACCCGCUUCCAAAUGGCAAGGAUUUUUACUGCUGACAUUCGUCCUUCCUUCUGCGUUAUUUUCAGUAACUAAUUUUCACAUCUAACUACCUCAGCUACCGUCCUUUCAUCUAGAAACAUGAAACCAUGCACUUGGUAACCAACAGGUUUUUCAUUUCAAAUUUCAAAAGGAUACUUGGUGCAAAGCAAUUUUCCGAAAUUUAUAUAUGACGGAAGAAACCCACCCUCAGCAGCUUGUCCUUAACUCUGUUUGUUUGUUUCUGAGUUGGAUUGGGGAAAAAAAAAAAAGAAAGAAAGAAAGAAAGAAAGAAAGAAAAAUUUGUUUCCACUUAACACCAAGAAAAGCUGCUCUAUAUUUGCUUGAUUUGCCUUAAAUAUUUUGUGCUCCUUUCCCUGUCCAUUUUUUUUUGUUUGUGUUAAAGCGAUCUCUGAAAAGGAAAUGUAACAGGUGGCAGACGAGCAUCAACUAAGAGAAGGGACCAAUCAUUUCUCAGUUCCCUGUCGUCAAUUCUGCAUGACAUUCUGAUUGUGCGAAAUUGCCAUUCCUGUGUUUCUCUCUCCCAUGACCACUAGGGAAAUAAGGUCCGAGAGACCCCACGUGUGUGUUUAGGGAACGGUGUAGACAUUUCCCCCGGGACGAGCACAGUGCCUGGACCCGAAUGAUAACCUUGGCGGUUCUUGGGCUUUUACUUUGUAAACAUUGUACAAAUGUAUUUGGAAUCCUAUUUGAAAUGAAGAGUUAAACUAGUUACGAAAUUCUUUUCCUUCCUGUAAAUAUAUAUAUUCAAACUCCAUGUAUCCAAACAUUCCUUUAGCGUUCGGAUUGUAAGAGUGUCUUUAUUGGCUGGAGGCCGCCGUCUCGGGCCGCGGUCCCACGUGCUCUAGUGGAAAGCACAGUGUGUGGUGUAUUUGAUGUACUAUAAUACCAUAGUUAUUUUGGUCUGUUAAGUAAGUUGCAAUUUGUGAUGAAAUGAAGUGGAAAGUAGUGCUUCAUAAUGAGCAAAUUUCCUCGGUUACAUGAUUUUUUCUUGUAAAACUUAAAAAAAAAAGAAAACUUGAAAUUUUAUAUAUUUGGAUUUUGUAGAUUUUUUUUUUAUUUUAUUGCAACACAAGGUACCAAAAUCAUUAAAUAAAGUACACUGUGGUCAUUUUAA